AUGGUUACAGGUUGGGUCGAUCAAACUCUGGUGGGAUCUAAAAAAAUCGAUAAAGCUGCUAUCUUCUCAGCUGCGGGCGAUGCUUUGCGUGCAAAGAGUGCAGGGUUCAAUGUUCAACUAGAGGAACUUCAGUACAUACUGAGAGGAUUCGAAGAUUCAAUCCCUCUAUAUUCCGGUGGUCUCUAUAUCGCAGGCGAAACGCUUCAGGUUACCAAAGCAGAUGAUCAGAGCAUCUACGCCGAAAAGGGUAAAGAGGGUGUUUGUGUGGUGAAAUCAUCGCAAUCAAUAGUGAUCGCACAUUAUCCUGAAACAGUGCAACCUGGAGAAGCUGCGAGCAUCGUUAGACAGCUUGCGGAAUAUUUGACUAGUAUAGGAUACUAA